CUUUGACCUCCCUCUCGCGCCGUGACGGAGGCAACGUCGUUUCUGUGGUAACCGGGCUGCGCGUCCUACUCGGAGCCGCGGUUGGAGUACGGCGUCUGGAGUUGCAGGAUCAAAAAUGUCAGUACUCACUUCUCCAAGAGGAAAGGUGGAGGUGGUUCACUGCCGAAGAACAGAGUCACAGGAUUUUUAUUGCAUCAAAAACCUCAUUAGAAAAUUUACCCAGAAGCUGUUUGGGAGUCUUAAUAUCAUCUCUCUUCUGGAGAAGGCAAACCUUGCCAUCACCCUCCACAAUGACCAGGAGGAGAUCAUGGCCCAGGCCACCUUCGUAGACUAUCCCAACUGGAAUGUCGCCCCACAGGACGACUGGGUGUCCGUGUUCCGGGAGCUGGACAGUGAAAUCCCAUGCACACCUCUGAACACGUUGUUCAUGCACCUCUUUGUGGCUGUGGACGAGUAUUCUGUCGGCUGCUGCAAAGAGAUUAUUCGGACCGUGUUCAAGGCGGUGCCAGACUUGCACUUCAUAUUCCUCAUCGUGCCGUCCUACAUGAGCCUCGGCUCGACUCUCAUAACUGUGUUCGACCAAGUGGGGAACAUUCCAAGCCUGACAUAUGAUGAGGACUUUGCCGUGCACAUAUGUCACAGGCACAGCCACUACCCUCAGCUACACAUCCGCAAAGCCAGGGUGGAAGAUCACGACGACCUCGUGCCAAUAUUCCUGCACCAUGACACCAUCCUGAAGGAGACUUAUGGCGAAUACUUCCUGGCUGAACUCAUAGAGGCCCAAGAUGAAGAGAAUCAUGCCAUCGUGUGUGAGGUGGAAGGUGUAGCCGUCGGGUUCAUGAGCGUGUGCUCGAGAGUGAACAUGCAGCUCCUGCAUGAGUGCUUUGACUUGGGGCCCUUCCACGGACUCUGCACCCCGCAUCCCGAUGACGUCCUGGAGCCACCCCAAGAGCUAAGCGUUCAAGGAAGUUCAGGCGCCGAGCUCAGGUGCAGCAGCCAGGAAUGCCAGCAAAUAGUCAAGGAGCCGCAGGAAGCUGUCUCCCCGGAGGCCGGGGAGAGCAUCCAGAGAAAAAGCACAGAAGAAGCCGCAAUGGAGGAAGCUUUAUCACCAGUCCAAAGUGGAAACGCUAGUGAAGCGGAGGACGCAGAAAAACUCAGUCAGGAGUACAGUGUGGAUUACACGGAUUACUGCAUCAGCAACACGAGCUCAGUAUCCAUCUCUCUGCCCAAAGAGACGAGCAACUUCCGCCCCAUCUACAAGGGCGCCUCCACUGCCUUCUGCAUCCAGCUGUUUUGUAUUGACGAGAAGUACGAAGCAAGGUCACUGGACUUCAUGAAUUUUGUUUUCAGUCUUUUUCCUGACAAGAACUUCUGCAUCAUUUCUCUGCCACAUCUCACCCCUGAGUUUGCCCUUAUACAGAACUUCGUGAAGAUUGUCCCCUUCAACAACUGCACCCUGGACCAGGACCUCUACGUCUUCCAUCGGGCAGGAUUGCUCAAGAUGGAACACCACUGAAGGCAUUUGUAGCCGAAGUUGCAGAACAAGUAGUUGGCAUUGCAGUGAUCAGAGAUGAAAUGGAUAUAGAGUACAUACGAUCCCACUACAAUAUUGAAGACUUCAUAUACUUUAGUCACCACCAGCGCGAAGAGCAUGGCCACCUGUAUCACUUUGCCCUGAACCCCAUUUUUCAG